UUGCCCCAUCAUAUUCAUAAUUCCAUAUAUAAAUGUUGUAAUUUUAGAUCCAGCAUCAUAUCGCGAAGAAUAUUUUCAGAUUCAAUACCUGGUGUUCUACGAUUUGGAAAGCGUUUAAAUCUUCUUCAAGGAUUAACUAAGCGAACAAUUCCAGGAGUUUUACGCUUUGGAAAGCGAGGCGACCAUAAAAGAAAAAAUGAUGUCCCAGGUGUUCUGGAAAAGAAAGAUCCAAUUCCAGGAGUACUGCGAUUUGGUAAAAGAGAUGAAAUACCAGGUGUAUUGCGAUUCGGAAAAAGAUCUGAAUCAGAUGGUUUUACUUUAAUUAAAAAAAUGCCCGGCUUGAGAUUUUGA